ACCCAUUGUUGUUAGACAAUUAUUUAUUUUUCUUUAAAAGUUCCUACGUUGUACUAUGUCCGACAACGAUUCGUCCCGGGUUGGAUUUCGAAGUCAACGUCAACAUUUUGAAAUCCACUGGUAUUGUUACCGUAACACUAGAACUCAUCAAAACGUCGUCCAAGACAUCCGUAGCAUCAGCGGUCGGCAGUGUUCCUGAAGGACAUCCAAUGGGCAUAACUCUAAAGAUACCAGCCAACCUUAAGUCUGGACAGUACAAACUGAGAGCGACCGGAAGUGGGGGUCUGACCUUCACCGACGAAACCACUGUGCAGUUCAACAGUAAAAGCGUGUCUCUCUUCAUACAGACCGACAAAGCCAUGUACAAACCCGGACAAACAGUUCAUUUUCGAGCAUUUGGUAUUUAUCCCAAUCUUCGUCUGUAUACGGGAAAUAUGACCAUUGAAAUCUUUGACAGCAAAUCAAACAAGAUAAAACAGUGGACGAACGUUCAGCCAACUGGUGGUGUUUACACGAAUUAUAUAGAGAUCACCGAUCAACCCAUCAUGGGCGACUGGAAGGUCAAGGUCAUUGCUGGGAAUAUGAACCACGAGCAAGUUUUUACAAUUGCAGAAUAUGGUAAAAUUAUUUUUGUUGUCGUUAUUUUAACAAUUGGUGCACAGCCAUUAACAUUCUAUAAUACGCGAGAGUUAAUAUUUUUCUGUAAAUUUAUGUCACAGAUGUAAUUAUAUUUAUGUAUU